AACACCACAGGUGGCCCAGCUUCAACAACGUGUAAGUCUUAGUCCUCAUCAUCCCUGCUCAAAAUAUCAAAAUACAGGGGUGGGUGUAAUCUGUGGGAAUUGGGAAUAAAAGGGUACCUGUAUUUUUGUGUGGUGUACCAAUAAAAACACCCUGUCUUUGCUUUUCGUUGCCAAUCCAACACCCCAAGAGGGAAGAGAAACCUCAUUUCCAUUUGGUCGCGGUUAGGGUAUGGCUUACUCUAUUAAGAUUUUGGGUUAGGGUUUGUUAAUUUGAUACUGUUCUAUUGAGUUUCUAUCAUUUCCUCCGAUUCCGAAUACCCGCCAAUCAAUUCCCGCCAUGGACGGAGGAGGAGGAGAAGUUGGUGAGUUGCAGGACUGGGAGGUGCUAAACAGCUCGGACCCUACCCUGGUUAACUCAGACGACUCGAUUGAUAGCCCUAGGAGCUUCGAGGGAAUCGAUGUUCAAGCCGAAGGUAUGAUCAGGCCUGAUUACUUCUCCCUGGAUAAUCAAGGGAGGUUCGGGUAUGGUAAGGCGGUGAUUGAUGCCGGCGAAGAGGGUUCGGUUGAGUCCGACAACCCCAGUUGGAUUGACCCGGGUUCCAUGACUCAAUAUGGUGGAAAAGAAUCGGGUGGGUUUUGGUCCGAUUCGGCAAGUGAUCGGUCCGAUGACCGAAAAAGUCAUGAUUUUGAGGGGAAAAAAGAAUUGGGUUUUGUGGAAAGUGAGAAAGGCCAUGUGGGUUGUGGAGGGGCUGGAGAAAGGGGAGCUGUGGAUGAGAAAGUUAGUGGGUUGGAUGCUCAGGGCCGAGUGAGCUUUGAAGCAAUUGGGGAAAACGGAAGUCUUGAUAAGGAUUUGGGAAAGUUCUGGUCUGAUUCAGGCGGCGACAGUCUGGUUUCUGUGAAAUUUGAGAAGGUUGCGAAGGAAAGCGAGAUAGGUUUUAGUGGCUUGGAAAGUGGAAAUAACUUGGACAAUGAGCCAGAAGGACAAUCGGUUGAGAGUCAAAGUAGUGCAGUUGAAGAUGAGAAAUCAGAGCCGAAAUCCGGUGAAGAGGUAGGGAAGAGGACAAUCCUGUGGUGGAAGGUCCCAUUUGAGGUCUUGAAGUAUUGUGUUUUCAGGGUAAGCCCUGUUUGGUCCUUGUCUGUGGCUGCAGCGGUAAUGGGUUUAGUGCUCUUGGGGCGGAGAUUGCACAAGAUGAAGCGAAAGAGCCAGAGCUUGCAGCUCAAGGUUACUCUGGAUGAUAAGAAGGUGUCUCAGUUCAUGAGCCGUGCUGUGCGUCUCAAUGAAGCAUUUUCAGUGGUGAAGCGAGUUCCUAUAAUGCGACCUUCGCUGCCAGCAGCUGGAAUAAAUCCAUGGCCUGUAAUGGGUUUGAGAUAGAAAAAUUCUUGUUGUGAAGUAUGUAGAAAAAGAAAGUACUUUGUCCAUGACCGUGCUAAAAGUACUGCGUUGUUGUGCCUUGGUUUGUAUCAAAACGAUUGUGGCUGUUAUGUAUUUACUCUAAAGAAUUAUUUGUAAAAUGCAGACAAAGAUUUCCACUAGGUAUCAAUCGUUACUUUUCGUUUCCCUGUUGUGUAGCAUGCUUUAUCGUUUUAUCUGAAUUCUCGGCGUGCUUUUCAUGCCCGGAACUUGGAAAAUGCAGAAUGUAUACACCCAUCCUUCUCUCAAGUGUUGUUUUGGGAACUUGUUAGCAAGUUAAUACAGCAUUAAUCA